GUUUUAACGGGCAUAUCUUAUCAGUUACGAACGAGUUCAAGAUGCCACUCAACCUGCAGCUUCAUGGCGAAGGCACAAGCGCUCUGCGCAUGUUCCUGGCGACGCACUUGGACACCAAGCAGCUUAGCCGGUCGGAUGUGAAGAAGCUGCUGAAUGAGAAGGAGAAUACUUUAUCAACGAACGAAUUGCGGUUAGCGUCGAGUCUGUUGCGCGAGUUGAAAGCCUCAGACCCGGCGACACCAACUCUGGUAUCGCUAUUGCGCCAAGGACGAGGAAUUCAGGCGCGUGUUAUGGCUACAGACCAAGAGGAGACCGAAGAGGACAGAGAGAAGAGAGCCAAGUACUUGGCCAGACGCCGCCAGAAGCUCCUGCGUCUGGACGAGGAGAUGCGCUACGACAGCAUGGUACGCAACGUCAAGACACAGUCGGCGGCCAAGGAGUUGGCCCACCACCAGACGAGCGUGCGUCAGCACCUGUCGAUCGGUGCCAAUAUGGUCAUGGCCCGGGUCACGGCCUUCAUUGCCGUGUAUUUUUUGGCUCGGAACCUCACAGAGAACGAGACGACGAGACUUGUCGCUGGGCUUGGUGGUGCCAUCGUUAUGAUGGUCAUCGAGAUGGUGUUAUUUAUUGCGCGCGCAGCCAAGUUUGAGAGCAUCGAGCACGAACACAAGAAGCAUAAGAGCGUCUUCUAGUCUUCAGAUUAGAUAUUAUCUUGAGAAGGCUUAUGACAAAUGGUAGGUUUGAUAACCCUGUCAAGUCUGGAUUUUGAAAGCGUAGUGUGAUAGGAUUAUGAUAUUCUGUGAGUCCA